CUCGUCACUUUCAGCCUGGAACGAGGACUCCUCACUCAUUCACUGGAAGCCAAUAGGGAAGGACCGGAGCAAAGGGAAGCUGGAGGCUCAGCUGACCACCGUCUGCACCUCUAGAGAAGGAGGAGGCGCACAGCCGCCGCAGGGUAUCGAUUCACCCCCCUCCCUCCUCUUUAAUUAAGAGAUCAAAGAAACUACUGGAAAAAAAUACACCCGCCCCCCCAGUAUAACGCAUGAAGGGGGGAAGGAGAGGGAUGAUGUGUCUCCUGGGAGGGAAGCCUGUGCUUCCAACCGUUUGAUGCUGCAGCAGUUCGCCAUUGCGAACCACAGGUCGCAGCCAGCCGAAAGAAAAGCCGGGGGGGAGACCCCCGCAGCCCGGCUGAGAUUUCUGCGCGCAAAAGGCUCCCUGCACUUCAAUGAGCGGCCCCCGGCCGAAGGGAGGGAGCAGCACCCGGAUGACCCUCGGCUCGCUGCUAUGGCUCUUUUUGUUCCUCAAGAAUGCAGCACCUUUCCAAGUUACUGUCCGAGAUGACAACUGCAUUGUAGUGUCGUUGGAGGAGUCUGAUGUAGUGAGCUCGUCCUCUGUGUACGUUGUGAAGAUAACUGGUGAAUCCAAGAACUACUUUUUCCAGUUUGAAGAAUUCAACAGCACUUUACCUUCCCCUGUGGUUUUUAAUGCCAGUUACCAUGGCCUUUAUUACAUAGUGACUCUGAUGGUGGUGAAUUCCAAUAUGGUUUCCAAACCAGUGAGAUCGAUCACUGUGUUAACCAAACCUCUUCCCAUAAGCAGCGUUUCUAUCUAUGACUACAAACCAUCUCCAGAAACGGGAGUGUUGUUUGAAAUUCAGUAUCCAGAGAAGUACAAUGUUUUCACCAGAGUAAACAUAAGCUAUUGGGAAGGCAAAGACUAUAGAACAAUGUUAUACAAAGAUUUCUUUAAAGGUAAAACAGUUUUCAAUCACUGGCUGCCAGGAAUAUGCUACAGCAACAUCACAUUUCAGUUGGUGUCAGAAGCAACAUUCAACAAAAGCACGCUAGUGGAAUAUAGUGGUGUCAGGCAUGAACCCAAACAGCACAGAACAGUUCCCUACCCACCUCGAAAUAUUUCUGUCCAAAUUGUACAGAUGAACAAGAAUACCUGGGAGGAACACAGUGGGAAUUUCCCAGAAGAAUCAUUCAUGGGACUACAGGAUGUAAUAGGGCAAGAGAAACUUACCCAUUUUUCUAAUGAUCCAACUGAAAUUCCCUCAGCAAACACCUCUUAUUCAUGGCCUGAUUACCACUAUAACAGCACUGAUUACACAACUACAUCCCAACCAUACUGGUGGACUAAUGAAGAUGAAUCGCCAGAGGGUGAAGAUGAGUUUGUCAAUGCAGUUCCCAGUGAAUAUGAGAACACCAGUACAGCCAGCAUGUCAGGGAAACUUACAUCAGAACCUCCCUCUUUCCUCCCUGUGCAAAUGGUGCUAAGCUGGUUGCCACCAAAACCACCCACGGCAUUUGAUGGAUUCCAUAUUAACAUUGAAAGAGAAGAGAACUCCACAGAAUUUUUGACGGUAGGUGAGGAUACUCAUGAAUUUAUUGCUGAACUGAAAGAACCGGGGAAAUAUAAGUUAUCUGUGACAACCUUUAGUUCCUCUGGAUCUUGUGAAAUUCGGAGAAGUCAAUCAGCCAAAACGCUUAGUUUUUACAUCAGUCCAACAGGGGAAUGGAUUGAAGAACUGACAGAAAAGCCCCAGCAUGUGAGUGUGACUGUGCUAAGUUCUACCACUGCCUUAAUGUCCUGGACGUCUUCGCAAGACAGCAGCAGCAACAACACGAUAGUGUCUGUUGUGUCACUGACCUGCCAGAAGCAAAAGCAGAGUCAAAGACUUGAAAAGCAUUAUUGCACCGAGGUGAAUUCAAGCAACAGCAUCAUUGAAAAUCUUGUUCCCGGUGCCCAGUACCAGGUUGUGAUUUAUUUACGUAAAGGCCCAUUGGUUGGACCUCCUUCUGAUCCUGUUACAUUUGCCAUUGUACCCACUGGAAUAAAGGAUUUGAUGCUUUAUCCUUUGGGACCUACAGCUGUGAUUCUCAGUUGGAACAGGCCUUACCUUGGGGUGUUCAGGAAAUAUGUUGUAGAAAUGUUUUACUUCAACCCAUCAAUGAUGACCUCUGAGUGGACGACCUACUAUGAAAUUGCAGCUACCGUCUCCUUAACUGCAUCAGUGAAAAUAGCCAAUCUACUGCCCGCUUGGUAUUACAACUUUCGGGUUACCAUGGUGACUUGGGGAGAUCCAGAAUUGAGCUGCUGUGACAGUUCUACCAUCAGCUUCAUAACAGCCCCAGUAUCACCAGAGAUCACCUCAGUAGAAUAUUUCAACAAUCUGCUGUAUGUCAGUUGGACGUAUGGAGAUGAUGGGACUGACCUGUCUCAUUCCAGGAUGCUGCACUGGAUGGUCAUUGCUGAAGGCAAGAAAAAAAUCAAAAAGAGCGUGACACGGAAUGUGAUGACUGCAGUUCUGAGCCUGCCUCCGGGAGACAUCUACAACCUUUCAGUAACUGCUUGUACUGAGAGAGGCAGCAACACCUCCACACCACAGAUUGUGAAACUGGAACCCGCUCCUCCAAAAUCAUUGUUUGCUGUGAACAAGACCCAGACUUCAGUGACUCUGCUAUGGGUGGAGGAAGGAGUGGCUGAUUUCUUUGAAGUCUUCUGCCAGCAGGCUGGCUCUGGUCAAGAAACAAAGUUGCAGGAACCUGUUACUGUUUCUUCACAUGUAGUGACUAUCUCCAGCCUACUGCCUGCCACGUCCUACAAUUGCAGCGUGACUACCUUCAGCCACAACAGCCCUAGUGUUCCCACCUUCAUAGCUGUCUCUACCAUGGUUACUGAGAUGAAUCCCAACAUAGUGGUGAUCUCUGUGUUAGCCAUCCUGAGCAUUCUCCUGAUUGGACUGCUGCUUGUGACUCUUGUUGUACUCAGGCGGAAACAUCUGCAAAUGGCCAGGGAGUGUGGGGCUGGAACCUUUGUCAAUUUUGCUUCAUUGGAGAGAGAUGGAAAACUUCCAUAUAACUGGCGUAGAAGUGUAUUUGCUUUCCUAACUCUGCUACCCUCAUGCCUCUGGACUGAUUAUCUUUUGGCAUUUUAUAUUAAUCCUUGGAGUAAAAAUGGAUUAAAGAAGAGGAAGCUGACCAACCCUGUCCAGCUGGAUGACUUUGAUGGCUACAUCAAGGAUAUGGCCAAAGAUUCAGAUUAUAAAUUUUCUCUGCAAUUUGAGGAGCUAAAACUGAUUGGGCUUGACAUACCCCAUUUUGCUGCUGACCUUCCCAUGAAUCGAUGUAAAAAUCGCUAUACAAAUAUCCUCCCAUAUGACUUUAGCCGCGUCAGAUUAGUUUCGAUGAAUGAAGAAGAAGGUUCAGACUACAUUAAUGCCAACUAUAUUCCUGGCUACAACUCACCACAGGAAUACAUUGCAACCCAGGGGCCACUGCCAGAGACAAGGAAUGAUUUUUGGAAGAUGGUUCUCCAGCAAAAAUCACAAAUCAUUGUUAUGCUCACUCAGUGUAAUGAAAAAAGAAGGGUGAAAUGUGAUCAUUACUGGCCUUUUACAGAAGAGCCUAUUGCUUAUGGGGACAUCACAGUGGAGAUGCUUUCGGAGGAGGAGCAAACAGACUGGUCUUUUAGGAACUUCAGAAUCAGCUAUGCUGAUGAGGUACAAGAUGUAAUGCAUUUUAACUACACUGCCUGGCCUGAUCAUGGUGUCCCCACUACAAAUGCUGCAGAGAGCAUCUUGCAGUUUGUACAGAUGGUCAGACAGCAGUCAACAAAGAGUAAAGGCCCCAUGGCCAUACACUGCAGUGCCGGCGUGGGACGGACAGGAACAUUUAUAGCAUUGGAUCGGCUCUUACAGCACAUUCGGGAUCAUGAGUUUGUAGAUAUAUUAGGGCUGGUGUCUGAAAUGCGGUCUUAUAGGAUGUCCAUGGUACAGACAGAGGAACAAUACAUUUUUAUUCACCAGUGUGUGCAAUUGAUGUGGCUAAAGAAGAAACAGCAAUUCUGCAUCAGUGAUGUCAUAUAUGAGAAUGUCAGCAAGUCCUAGUUCAGAAUCCCAGGUGGUACACAAAGUUCUUUGUUCAGGAGGAGACAUGAACAGCUUAAUGGCUGGUUGAUUCCUUGCAGCAUGGGCAUGGGCCUGGACCUAAUCUGCAACCGUCAUAUCUGAAGUUCAAACGCCCAAUACUUGGAUCUAGGAUUUUCAGCUGCCACAUUGGAGAUGGGGCUGGCAUCAAAAUUAAGGUCCAGGUUUGGAUUGCAGCUUCCACUCUGCCACAAAGUACAGGGGUGUUUGGCACUGGGGUUUUGGUUCAGGCUCCUCUCUAAAGUUGAGUAGGAUGAACAUCCUGUAAACUAGAGUUAUGGUCCAUGCAUAUUUAGAAGUAGAUCAUCAGUGUAGUGGUUUCGUUAUACGGCUAUACACCAUACACACUGCCCAUAGAAGCAUAGGCAUUGCUUUACAAUCAAUGAAGGAAAACAAGUGUGUUGAUUUCAUUCUGUUGGAAGUGUUAUAAGUUUCAAUCAGAGCAGUAAUGUGUAUGAAGUAUCUGUUUUAGGCCUAGCUUAUUUGAGGUUGUAGAAUAGACUUUGAGCUUGGGGCCAGAGCUGUGUGAGCUUGAAUGGCACAAAUUACACUGGUCAAAGAAAACCUUGUGUAUGUUUUAUUUAUUUGUGUGCUGUCACUGUCCAUUGCUCACUGAUUGGCCCUUUUGAAACAGAGGUUAAUUAGUUCUAAACCAUCACAGCAAAGAUGGAUGUUAUAACACGACACAGACUGGAUAUGGUAUGACUGUAGCCUACACGCCAUAAUUAAACAUAGGUAACCAACCACCACCAUUUCUGCAAAUGGUACAGGCGCCACACCAGACAUUUAUAUAAAAGCCAAAAUGGUAUUUAGGUUAAAAGGGUGACAUGAUGAUAUUUUCUUUUUGGUCGUCUUCCUACAGGCUGCCUCCCAUUUCUGUUACACACAAGAUGGUGGUAGACAUUAUGGAGGCUCCUGAUCCCUUGUUCUUCCCUCUAAACCUCAAAGGCUGUUCCAUUAUCAGGCACCCUGGCCUCACUGAGGUGAAUCUGAGAAAGGCAGGUGUUCACCUACCACACUGAGGGGAGCCAUGUCCAGCUAUCUUCCCUGCAGGGCAUACUGCACUCCCUGUUUCUAAAAAUGUUCUCUCGUGUAAUUUCUGGAGUUGAGCGGGGGGUAGAAGGUUCUUUCCCUCCCUCCAGGGAACAGGAGCCUGCCACAGCUCAAGGGAUGGGCCUAUUAUGACUUGUUAAGGGCAGUCUCACUUCUAGCAGUGUCACGUGAUGAAUAUAAAGCUUGCAGAGUUUGAAAUAGUCAAUUCAAACUCUGAAGAUAUAAGCCAAAUACAGCUACCAGACAACUAAUACAUUUGGAGGUAUUAUCACCUUUCACAGAGCUCAUUAUAUUGUCAUCAAUUGUAUGUUUAAAACUUUUUGAUUUUGGUUCAAAACCUUGUGAGCUCACAUGCGUUCACCUUAAUAUUUCAGUCAAAGCAAAACCAAUGUGGUUUGGGUUCCUCUCCUAAAUCAACCUUGGGGCAACUCUCAACUCAUUGCAGGUUUGAAAGUCUAUCUAAAAAAUGCAGUGGUAUACUGAAAGCUGGUGAAUGGUUUGAUUUGGGUUCAGAUCACUCCAGUACUGAGGUAGGUGAUCUACACUGACAGUGCUGUACUUCCCAGGUGUUCUGUGCCCGACCUAAGUGUCAUAAAUUGAUUGGCUGUGUUCCAGAACCAGAAAGGGAGCUGUGAGCCAUACUAAACACAGAUAGUACUGCACCUGCUAGCACAGUGAUGUCCCAGCCUAAGGGGGUGUACGGGUGGGAAACAAUUCCUUAACCUCGCCACACUACUUACAGCAGUGAUGAAGUUGUCAUGGUUUUUUCCUAAGGCAGAAAUUUGUGGUAGCUUCUAAGACUACGUGCAUGUGCUGACUUUUGGCUUGCGUCCCUAUGGCAUUUCCCCAGUUUUUAAUUAAGAAAGGAACAGUAGGUUCAAAGUUACUAAAUUUCAUUUCAGAUCAUCACUGUAUAUACUACAAAACUAUUUGCCCUUGAAGCACCAUUCAUCAAACUCCUGAUGUUGUGUUUGACCUCCUUUCCCAAAUCAGUCAACCCACCUACUCCAGUAAGCCUUAACAGUCCCUCCGAUAGACAUUUGAAAGGAGCCUGUGUGAAAACAAGCUGUAUCUCAUUCACCGAACCUACAGUUGUUACUUCGGGCAGCUUCUCUGUUGUUUCUACAAAUGUUGUGAUACAGAUCUAGUCAAGUUCUUCUGGCCCACAUUCCAACAGACAGCAGAAGCUAAGGAACUGUAGGUUUUAUCGGCUUUCUUUGUCAGCUGCCACACCGCUCCUGAGAAACAGAAACACAAUGGCUGCUAAUGCUGAUGCUCCACUUAUGUGGUACUGCUGCAGCAGGAGAACUACUAGUACCCAUGCAUAGAAUUGGGCUCAUAUGAAGGGAGAUUGUUUUAGAGGGAGAAAUUAAUGAACAUACGGGCUCAAAGAACAUUGAGCACCCAUAAGCAUGCAAACACAUACUUGAUAACUUAAACAGAGACAUGCUGGGGCCUUCCUCAUGUAUAUACAUAUCACCCUACUUUGUGUACGCAGUGCACAAACAAGCAUGCCCCUGGGAAACGUGGGCCUGAUUUGCUCCCCUUGUUCAAACUCAGCAGGCACAGGAAGUUUCAAUCAACUGUUCAAUAGCAACCUUGAAAAUAUUGCUUUGGCAAAUUACCUUUAUCAACCUGUUCCUCUUACGUUGGCCUUACUCCUGGGCAAAGUCCAGAGCUACUUGUUUCAACAAGGCUUUACACACACAAGCUACAAUGCACGCAGGUAAGUUGAAAACCAGUCACUUGUUUACAAACAUCCCUUUGAAAUGACAAUUUGUCUUCAUUGCUCACAAAAGAACUCUUCCAAAUACAGGGCUGCCUGUUGACAAAUACUUACACCAAUCCUGUUGGUUUUUCUUGGCUUCCUUCCUCUCACCUUUAAAGGGCUGAGCCCUCAAUCCAGAAAAAUCCUUAAAGCAUGUACCUAAGGUCAUCCCUGGUCAGCAAAGCAACCUCCUUAACUUUAAAGCAUGUGCUUAAGUGCUUUGCUGCCAUGAGCUCUGUGUCUAACAAAUCAAGUGUUUUCAGUGUACACUGCUACUGUUCAGCCUGCAUCUAGGAUUUGCCCCUAAAAUUAAAGUCUGGAAUCUAAAUUUUCCAAAGCACAAAUUUGUUAUAAAUCACCACUUUGCCUGAGCCAAGUGCUGUUUAACAUUUCAACUGAGAAACACUGGGUAACCUCUUUCCCCAUAUGAACACUAUGAACUCACCGUGAAGUUUCAAAGUGGUUUUCUUUUGCCUUGCUCUCCCGAGCGCAAAAGUGACAGCCAGCUGUUAAAUGGGCAAGUCCCCAGAGAACUUUUACACCUUCAGAGUAAUUUUAGCAAAAGCAGAUAAAUGCUACCCAGCUUUCACAGUCUGCUAUGCAGAGAACACAUGGCCACGCAAUUGUGUGGGUAUCAGCUAUUCAGUUUGCUCAUUUCUGGCCCCCUAAACAGCAUGAGGAUGAUAUUUUCCUCAAGUAUUUCCAUAGACAUCCUUUAUGUGGCCUCCUUCCAACCAGUGAGCAGCCACCAUAGUAAAAGGAGGAUUAUGCAGCUUAUUCCUGUCUUCUCAGAGAGGUACCUUCACAGUACCUCAGAGUAUGUCCGUACUGCACUAACACACACAGCUGGGCCACGUCAGCUCACUUGGGCUAUAAAGUUGCAGUGUAGAUGUUCAGGCUGUGACUGGACAUUGGACUCUGAGACCCUGAGGAGGGGAGGGCUCUAGCCUGAAGCCAAACAUCUAUACUGCAAUUGUACAGCCCGCAGGCCAGCCGCUUGAUUGUAGGGUAGCCAUACACUUUGCACCUAGAACAGUGUUCCCGCUAUCUCACAGUGGACAUUUCCUUUUGGCCAAAAAGUGAAUCGGCCCAUAAGUGAUCAAAUAACCUGAGGAAGGAUAUGAAAACUGAAUGUAAACUUGUGACUGCCAACAAAGAGGAGGAUAUAACUGUUGUGUGCCAUUUUACAGUAGUAAGCAUUCUUUCAGUUCCCAAAGACCUACCUAAAAUUUUACGACUCAUCUGCUGGAAGCUCUAUGUUUGAUGUAAAAUAAAGCAAGGUGCAAUAGUAUUUUGUCAGUCAUUCACUGCCCACCAGAGAACACCUACAAUAGGACGACAUUUCUUGGACAAAGACCAGGAAACCUGCACUACUGUAGAAGAAUGAGGUACCAUCAGUGUGUUGAGUUAAAAACACACAAGAGUUUUUGUUUAGAGACCCUGUAAUGGUGACCCAUCAUGCUAAGGCAGGAUGCUAGUUGUAUGCUAUAAUGCUAAAUGUCAAAGACUUUGCCUACAUAAAAUAGUUUUGUGCAUCCAUUCAGGGCCAUUCCCCACCCCCCCACCCGCACAAAGUGUGUGUGUGGGGGGGAGACACACAACACUGUAUAAACCCAUAAUUGGGUCAAACUGUGGCUGUAUGAGUUUUAAAUUCAAUACAGGAUUCUUCACUGCCUGUCUUAAAGCUUGUGUUCUCCAUUCUUGAAGAGGACUGCAUUUGAGCGACAAGCAUAGACACUAUUUACAUUUAAUACACACACAGCAAAAGCAUUUAUAAGGUGCUUUGGGAUGAGUGGCAUUAUUAAGAUGUGGGAUUUUCAUGUUAUGAAAAAUGGAGCACUGAUUACAAAAGUAUUUUUUCUAGUAUGUAUAUAAAGAGCAUACUCUAAGGACAAAAUCAGGAAUGUUUGCUAGCCCUUCUUUGUAACAAAGAUACAACUAUUUAACAUACAUCAAACACUGUUUAUUGCAGACUUUCAGCUGAAUCAUGUGAAAAAGGCACUAUGAAAAUUAAUGAAACUAGAUGAUGAAAUCUUUCUAAAUGACGUGUCAGUCUUUAUACAUGUGAAACAAUAGAACACUUUGUGACAAAAAUUGUGUUUCCAAAAAUAACAUUUGCUGGAAAGUGUCCCCGCCCCCCGGAAUUAAUAAUAUUUCAAAAGAUUAAAUUUAUAAAUGAACUUUUUUUUUUUU